UCUCCCUCUUUCCUUUGCUGGGAGAAACGAUCUCCGUCUGCAAAAACCCAAUCCCUAACGCAAACUCUCAAAACCAUCGCGCUCAAUCCCUCUUAUUUGAUGGUUUGAGGAGUAAUUUCAGUUAUUCUAUUCGAUAUAUCACUUCGUUCUGGAGUUAAAGAUUUUCCAUUGACAAUGAUAUACACUGCAAUCGACAACUUUUAUUUAACGGACGAGCAGUUGAAGAAUUCACCUUCGAGGAAAGAUGAUAUUGAUGAGGCGACUGAGACAACACUGAGGAUCUAUGGCUGUGAUCUCAUUCAAGAGAGUGGUAUCUUGCUCAGAUUACCACAAGCGGUAAUGGCUACCGGCCAGGUUUUGUUUCAUCGUUUCUAUUGCAAGAAAUCAUUUGCCCGCUUCAAUGUGAAGCGAGUUGCUGCUAGUUGUGUUUGGCUUGCAUCGAAAUUGGAGGAAAGCCCGAGGAAAGCUAGACAAGUAAUUAUUGUUUUCCAUAGAAUGGAAUGUAGGAGGGAGAAUUUACCCAUAGAGUUUUUGGACCUGGCUUCAAAGAAGUUUCUAGAGUUGAAGAUUGAGUUGAGUAGAUCAGAACGACACAUAUUGAAGGAGAUGGGCUUUGUUUGCCAUGUCGAGCAUCCUCAUAAAUUUAUAUCAAACUAUCUUGCUACCCUUGAAACUCCCCCUGAAUUGAGGCAAGAGGCCUGGAACUUGGCCAAUGAUAGUUUGCGUACAACCUUAUGUGUUCGUUUCAAGAGUGAGGUUGUGGCAUGUGGGGUUGUGUAUGCUGCUGCCCGUAGGUUCCAGGUACCCCUUCCUGAGAAUCCACCAUGGUGGAAGGUAUUCGAUGCAGAUAAAUCUGGGAUUGAUGAAGUUUGUAGAGUCCUGGCUCACCUAUAUAGCCUUCCAAAGUCACAGUACAUACCAGUUUGUAAAGAUGGAGAAUUCUCAUUUUCUAGCAAGUCUUUAGAUUCGCAAUCUAAUACGGCUGCAAAGGAAGUGACCCAGAGUGGUUCCCCAGCCAAUAACAAUGAUGCUACUGCUCUGAUGGCGGCUCCUGCAUCUGUGAAUCUUGAAUCAGGUGGAUCUAAGGGUGUGAUAAUAAAAGUAGCGCUUGACAAGCUGAAGGAGUCUAAGAAGAGUGAUGAUGAAUCUAAAAGCAUGGCCUCCGAGGGUGAAACAAGAGAAGAGACUGUGUCGAAAUACAAAUCUGAGCAUAGGAUGGAGGCAAGUGGUGAAAGGAGCAAGGAGAGGGACAGAGACAGAGAAAGGGAGAGAACAAAGUCCCGGGAUCGUGAUAGGGGCAGAGAUUCUGACAGGGAGCGAGAGCGAGAGGAGUUUGAAAGAGAGAGAGGAAAAGAUCGAGGUCCUCGUUCCAGGGAGAGAUUAAAGGAUUCAGGAGGGCAUUCUGAUAAAUCCAGACAUCACUCUUCGCGUGAUCGUGACUACCGCAGUACCUCUUAUUCUUCAAGGGAGAAGGAUCGCCAUCGACACCAUUCGUAUACUUAAACCAGUUUCUGUGAUAAAAGCACCGUCGCUGGCACUGAACUGCAACCAGUUGGAAUAUACUUGAUUGUCGAAUUCAUUUUAGCUUAAGUGGAUCUUGUCUCCAAAUUGUAAUACUAAAAGACUAAUUUUUUAUCCCAAAAAAAGUACUUCAGAGGUCUUCUAAUUUGGUCUGAAACCACUCCCCCCUCCACCCCAAAGUGACAGACAAGUGCCUUAGUCCUAGGCGGCUGUGAAUUUAUGUUUUGGUUUCAGAACAAUAAUUUCAAACUGUCUCUAAAUCUGAUCUA